UUAGAUUGCAGAGUGAAGCGAAGGAGGAUAAAUCUCCUGUUUGUUUGGAUUCUACAUUUAUAAAAAAAAUCUGUGCAUUUGUAUUUUGUGGGAAGAACAGUUUUACGGAUUAAUCGAGCAGCGGCCUGCUUCUCGAAAAUAAUUGAAUGAAGAACAAUGGCGUACCCACCGAGGGUUGCUUUCAAUGUGAUUGCUUGCAUGUUUCUGGUGUGCACACCCGAUCAAAUCUCCGGGCAAGUUCAGUAUUCUGUACCCGAGGAAAUCGAGCAAGGGGCAUUUGUAGGGAAUAUCGCUCAAGAUUUGGGACUGAAUGUACGGCAGUUGUCAGCUCGUAAAUUUCGACUGAGCUCUGAUGUUGGAGGACGUUACAUGAAGGUCGGUUUGGAUAAUGGGCUUUUGUCUGUUCGUGAAAGAAUCGACAGGGAACGUAUUUGCGGACAAGCAGAUAUAUGUAUUAUACCUUUCGAAAUAAUAGUGGAAAAUCCGUUGGAGGUGUAUCGCGGAGAAGUGGAGAUCCUUGAUGUAAAUGACAAUUCCCCCACUUUCCAGGACAGCAGCAUUGUCUUGCAGAUGCCCGAAGCGAUUACACCAGGGGUUCGCUUCCGUCUCGAGAGCGCGGAAGAUCCCGACACUGGAAUAAAUACUGUCGCCGCCUACGCACUCAGUUCUAGUGAGUACUUCAGUCUGAUAACACAGAGAACCGACGACGGCAUUAUAAUCGCCGAAUUGCUAUUAGCGAAAUCUUUGGACCGAGAGCUACAGUCGUCCUUCCAGCUGGUGCUGACGGCUACGGAUGCUGGGAACCCUGCGAGAUACGGUACAGCUCAGAUUCUCAUUACGGUAUUGGACAUCAAUGAUAAUCCACCUGUUUUCGAACAUGAAGUUUACAGAGGCAGCUUACCUGAAAAUGCACCGAAAGGCACCUUCGUGAUGAAAGUUAAAGCAAAUGAUUUGGACGAAGGGCUGAACGCUGAACUAACGUACUCUUUCAGUGAUCUCACCCUGCGAAGAGUGCAUGACUUGUUCAGUUUAGUCCCAGAUACUGGAGAGAUUCGCGUUGAAGGGCCGCUUGAUUUUGAAGAAGCAAAUAGCUACUCACUUGAUAUUCAAGCUGUUGAUCACGGUUCACCUGCAAUUACAGGACACUCUAAAGUGCUGAUCAAGGUAAUUGAUGUGAACGACAACGCACCCGAGAUAAAAGUGACGUCAGCCACGAAUAAAAUACCAGAAAAUACUCCACCAGGGACUUUCAUAACAUUAAUCAAUGUCAUCGAUCGUGACUCUGGAGAGAACGGUCAAGUGCGCUGCGAGUUACCAAGGAAUGUCCCAUUUAGGCUACAAACUUCAUCGAAUCACUAUAAAUUAAUUACUAGUGAAAUGUUGGACCGUGAGGCCGUCUCGGAGUAUAAAAUAUCUAUUUCAGCCUGGGAUUUGGGUUCCCCUUCACUGUCAACAAAUAAAACCAUCCAGAUUGCAAUUUCUGAUGUAAAUGAUAACGCACCUCGGUUUGCUGAACUCUCCUACAACAUAUAUGUGACUGAAAAUAACGCUCCUGGAGCUUCUAUUUUCACAGUAACUGCUUCCGAUCCUGAUCUGGACCAGAAUUCCUAUGUUUCUUACUCCUUUCUGGAGAAACAUGUCCAAAGCUUGCAUUUGUCCACUUACCUCAACAUUGACUCAAUGAAUGGGACCAUUUACGCGCUGCGCUCCUUUGACUAUGAGGAACUCAAAACCUUCCAGAUCCAUGUUCAAGCCCGUGACGCGGGAAUUCCCCCGCUGAGCAGCAGCGUUACUGUGAACGUGAUUAUUCUGGAUCAAAAUGACAACGCUCCGGUAAUUGUUUCACCUUCAGCACAGAGUGAAUCAGCAGCAGUCGUGAUCCUGCCCCUGUCCACCGGCCAAGGGUACUUGGUCACCAAGAUAAUGGCAAUUGAUGCAGAUUCUGGUCAGAAUGCGCGGCUCUAUUAUCAAGUAGUGAAAGCUACUGAUAUCGGUUUGUUUACUGUUGGGCAAAAUUCCGGUGAAAUCAGAAUAGCGCGCAAUAUCUUGGAGUCGGAUCCCACCACACAAAAUUUGGUCAUCUUGGUGAAGGACAAUGGGCAGCCAAGCCUCUCCAGCACGGUUACAGUUGACAUUACAGUUUUGCAGAAUAACACUGAAAGAGUCACCGAAAGUACUAAUUUAGUGAAGGAUCCAGAAUAUUUCUCUGAUCUAAAUCUUUAUUUAAUCGUCAUUUUCAGUUGCACGUCUAUUGUCUUCCUCCUGAUCAUCUUUCUAUUGAUUGGCAUUAAGUGUAAACAGGACAGAAAUAUUACCCAAGAGUAUAUUUCCUCCAGUUAUUGUCACAAACCUGGUGAUUCGCACGACAUGGUUAAUCGUAGACCCGCAAUGGAGGAAACAUUUCGCUAUCCUGGGAUUGACCGGGUGGUCCGCGUGCCAGAACUGCAUAACUACUCGGUCUGUCUGUCUCCAGAAUCAGCGAAAAGUGAUUUUCUCUUCUUAAAGCCAUACGGAUCUCCCAGCUCUCAGGCCCUGUGCUAAACUACAAGGAUGCGUAACAUCAAGGAAUGCCCAGCUUCUAUGCCUUCAUUAUGUAUUUAAGAAAAUAUACCCUUUGCAAUUCUUUUGGCUCUCGGUUAAAGAGGAGUGCAGCUAUUGCGGUGGCCAAAAGUACAAUUUCAAGCAACUGGAUUCUAACCAUGUCAGGUUGGAAUCUGUUAACUCUGAAGAGAAUUAACUUGUUAUUGAAUGGCGUACACAAAUGGAUUGCUAUUGGAUUGAUUGCUCAAAGGAUCUUGGCUCCUGGAUGCAGUUAUCUGCUUGAAGUAUCAAUAUUUGAAAAUUGAGAUCAAAAGAAUCGUUGAUGCCUAAUAAUGCGUUCCAUAUGAUGUGCUGAGAAAGCAGAGCAAAUAUAGAAAAAGAAACGUAAAUGCCGGAUCUCAAAUCAAAACCAUGUACUUCUUGUAUCUGUGGAAAAAAAAACUGCAGUUGUGUUCUUUUGAGAUCUGGUGUCAUUUGUCAGAGCUGGUAAAAAGAUAAAUCAAUUUAGUGUUGAAAUAGCAGAGAAGGCGAGGGAGUGAUGUAUUGAACAAAGGUAAUAUCUCUGAUAUGGUCAGUCCAAUUGGGUGAAUAUACGAGGAAUACUAAGAGCGAGGUUGAAAUGGAGCUUUUGUUUUUUUGUUGUUCUGUAUAACGUACUGCUAAUAACAAGGAUUUGGGAUAUGACCAGCAGUCGCGAAGGGAUCUGUUCUCAUGCCCUGUUCUCCAGGAAAGAAGAAAAGAGCCUCCCUGCUUGUUAGCUCCCACACAACCAGCUUCAAAAUUCAAUUCAAUUUUCUCCAGUUCAAACAAGAUAUCGUCACCGGGCACAAAUUCCGCUCCCUUCACUUUUUAAUCUUUCAAGGAUAUCACUCCUUCCCGACCUCCUGUUCUGUUCUUCUGUCCCGAGCACUGCUCCCUAUCCUUUGACACGUUCCAUUGAACUGUAGGAAAUGAAACGGAAGUCCACUUACCUCUUUGCAACCGUCUAACGA